CAGUCUCUUCUCACACGAUGCCCCGAUCGGGGAAAGGUUGCAAAUCCACACCAACUCGGGACAAAGUCGCGCUGAAGUUCUCCAGGGGUUCUUCGUGAGUGGCUCGGACGUGGGUGAGCACGUCAAGGGUGUUCUCGGGAAGAGAAAGGCGCCUGCCAACAGGCAAAUCACCACAAUCCAGACAGGGAUCAUCCUGUGUUCUUCUGCAUGUCUGUGAUAUCAGAGAUUCCAAAAGAGGCUCUGGCAGCGGAUGUCAAAACCCCCAUUUCAGCACAUGGAGGGUGUGGUGGUGGCCCACUCCGCUCGAGAUGCCGAUGGACGUGUCGUUCUCUCUCGUCCCAGACUCUUUUUUUCUCCAGUCAGAUCCCCCUUCUCGACUUUGAUCUUCCCAAUAAAACACACGGGCACCUUUUACCUCCUGUUGUGAUCCACCUACUCGGAGAAGAGAUCCACCUACUACGAGAAGAACAAUAUUUCACAGUCGAAAGGAUGCAGCCUCAAAUCAGUCUGUCGGCUCUCGCCGCCCUUAUUCCCAUGGUUCUGGCCCUGCCUCAACAGCAGCCUCCCCCACCAGGCCCGCCAGCCGCUUGCGCACCGGUCAACAUCAUCGUCGCCCGCGGCAGUCUCGAGGCGCAGGGUGCCGGUCUGUUGGGCAACAUCGCCAUGAACGCAUCGAUGCAGAUUCCCGGCUCCGUCAUCACGCCGCUGGUGUACCCAGCACAGCUUGACCCGUAUCCGCCCUCCGUGUCGGCUGGUGUGAUGAACAUGACGACUCUUCUUAACCAGCAAGCGCAGCAGUGCCCGCAGUCGAAGCUCGUCUUGAUGGGAUACUCUCAGGGCGCACAAGUUUCGCUGGAUACCCUCUGCGGUACCACAGAUGGCCCCAACUUCAACACGACUGUUGCUCAGGCACCCAUGGUCGGAAGCAAGAUCGCUGCCGUCGUCUUGUUCGGCGACCCAACCUUCAUCGCUGGCCAGCCCUUCGCCAAGGGAACCUCAAAGAAGAACGGCAUCUUCCCUCGUAUGGACCUCGGCCCAUGCCAGAGCUUGACAAGCAAGUUUGCAUCGUUCUGUGAUGACACUGAUCUCUUCUGCGCCUCGGGCCAGAACUUGACCGUCCAUCUCGGCUACUUCUCAAAGCAAGACUACGUCGCCCAAGCAUCAUCCUUCAUCGUCCAGCAGACCAAGUAA